UUUAACAACUCUCUUAAGUCCCAUCCUCUCCAAACUUUGCCGCGAAAAUCUCUCUCACCGGAAAACGGCACCGUCGAGAUAUCCUGGCCGUUUCUCGUCCUCAACCACCGUUUCUUCGGUUCACGAAUGCUGAGUUACUGACUCACCCAACAAGUACAAGUCCACAAUGUCAUUUCCCUCCAGGCGUCACUCGCUGAGUCCAUCUCAACUCGCUUCCUGCUCCCCCGGUUCGACACAGGAUCUCAAGCAACGAGUAAUCACCUGCCUCAACAAGCUCUCCGACCGCGACACUCUCGCCGUUGCGGUCGCCGAGCUCGAGUCCAUUGCUCGAACUCUGAACCAGGACUCAUUCUCUCUCUUCCUCAACUGCAUUUACAACACCGACUCUGCCUGUAAAUCGCCCGUCCGGAAACAAUGCGUUCAUCUGUUGACAGUUCUCUCCCACUUCCACGGCGACGCUCUCUCUCCUCACCUCUCUAAGAUGAUCUCCACCGUCCUCAGGCGCCUCCGCGAUCCGGACUCCGUUGUCCGAUCAGCCUGCGUCGAAGCCGUUACUGCCAUGUCGUCGCGAAUCACGAAGCCGCCAUUCUCGGUGGCGUUUUUGAAACCGUUGAUGGAUGCUCUAACGCAGGAGCAGGAUGUGAACUCGCAGAUCGGCGCGGCGUUGUGCCUGGCGGCGGCGAUUGAGUCGACGCCGGAGCCGGAUGUGGAGGCGUUGCGGAAGGGUACUUUGCCCAGGUUGGGGAAGCUGGCCAAGAACGAGGUGUGCAAGGCAAAGGCGGCGCUAUUGGUGCUGAUAGGGAGCGUUGUUGGUGUUGGUGGCGCGUCGAGUCGGGGUGUGUUGAAUUGGUUGGUGCCUUGUCUUGUUGAGUUUCUGAGCAAUGAGGAUUGGACGAUCAGGAAGGCAGCUGCGGAGGGGUUGGGAAAGGUGGCUUUGUCGGAGAAAGAUUUGGCAUCGCAGUAUAAAGUGCUGUGCUUGGAUUCGUUACAAAAUCGCAGGUUUGAUAAGGUCAAGGUAGUUCGGGAGACUAUGAAUCGCACCUUGGAAACGUGGAAGGAGGUAACUGAUGCAUCGGAGGAUGUUUCCCCACCAGCUAAAUCCGCGUGUUCUACCGUUGGUCCAGGUAAUGUUAAUGAUCAGUGUGACACUGCAAGUUCAGCCGAUGCUGGCUUUAAAUCUUCUGUGUCAAAGAAAACAGCCCCAGCAAACAGGUCCCCUACAACUACAGUUUCAGUGUUAUCCACGAUCAAAAGGAAGAGCCCUCUAAAGGGCAAUGACAAAAACUUAAGCAUGGGCAUGCCACGCAAGCUGGACCAUGUGAAAUGCUCUGGUUCGAAACUCGAAACUCCUGAAUCAAAGUCAUCCAUUUUGAGCAUGCAGGGGGAAGAUAAUAUCAAAAUGUGUGAUUUUGAAGUUUCUAAACCAGCCCAGAAUCAAGACCCAGAAAAAUCGGGGGCAGAGAUAAAGCGGGUUGUCUUUAGCAAGAUGUCUGAUGAGAAACAGUAUAAAUUUGGUGGCCUGAAAUCUGGGUCUCGUGUGGUUCCAAUUUACAAUGAUGACAGUCCUGACCUAGAUGUUAAGGUCAACUACGCAAAUGAAGUUUGUGUUAAUCCUCAAGAUGCUGAGGAUUUUUCUAUGAUUCGUGAACAACUUAUUCAAAUUGAAAAUCAGCAAUCCAAUCUGUUAGACCUGCUUCAGAGAUUUAUUGGAAGCUCCCAAAGUGGAAUGAAUUCUCUGGAGACUCGUGUGCAUGGCCUAGAGAUGGCCGUGGAUGAAAUAUCAUAUGAUUUGGGAGUACCAAGUGGAAGGAUUCCCAAUACUGAUGCGACAGAGGACACAUGUUGCAAGCUACCAGGUUCUGAUUUUUUGAGUUCCAAAUUCUGGAGAAAGACGGAGGGGAGGUACUCUACAUCAAGGCUCUCUUUAGGAAGCAUAUCAUCACCCAAUACUAUGGAUAAUUCAAGUAACAGAGAUAGUAUUGAGAUGUCCUUUAAGAGCAAAAGAUUUCAGCAUCGUACGGGUGGAUUAUUUGUAAACUCUGUGGAAGACGAUGAAGGCGAUUUCAAAGGGCACUUAGGGCAGUAUAGGCAUAAUAUGCCAAAGAAUAUACCUCAAGAUCCUAAGAGAAUACAAAGUAACAAUGCCAGUGGGCUGGACAGCAUUUCUCUAGCUUCUCGUGCAGCGCUUAGGAACCAGCAAAUCAGAUCAUCAGUGUAGUCAAGAAAAGAGGAACUCGUUACUCCACGGCCAUUUAACUAGAUCAAAAUCCAACAUCAGAAGUCACUUAUUCGUGGAUGAAAGCGAAUAUAAGAGCUUGGUGGUCCAGUUUGGGAGAGUUACUUGUUCAAAUCAAUCCUUGGUAAAUUAUAAUUGAAAACGAAGGCUAUUUUCUUUUGCCAAUGUUUAUAUGGAGGCAGAGGCAAGCAUAUGGAUUUAAUUUAAAAUAUGAUGCAGGCGGAGGAGUUUUCGUGAUAUGCAUGUGAUUUACUUAAACCAUGUGAUCGGCGUAGGAGUUUUCUUUAUCUGUAGUGUAUGAUAUUUUCUAUCUUAGCCAUUCUAAGGGCAGGAAAAAGUGGUUAUGCUCUAUAAGAGCAUGCCUGAUGAUGAAUGGUAACAAAAUUGCACGUGUAGUGGAUCCUAAAGAUUUUUCGCCGGGCUUUGAUACUAGGCAAAACCAUAAAGCAAUAGAUU